GAUCAUCUAUUAAUAGUUCUACAGUACUCCGGUUGCGCAUCGACAAUUAAAAAUACCACCUUUGAACAUAUCAAGAAACUGGUAUGGCUCAUCAAUAACAGAGCCAAUGAGCUGAAGGCAUAG